CGCGCGCUAAGGCCAGCCCCGCCUCCCAACUUCCGCUGUCGCUCUUCGCAGAAUCCGCCAGGGUCUCUGAGUGUCCCGCUUGUGUACGUCGCUUAGGAGUGCAGCCAAGAUGCCUCGUGGAAGCCGAAGCCGCACUUCUCGCGUGGCCCCUCCUGCCAGCCGCGCGCCUCAGAUGAGAGCAGCGCCCAGGCCAGCGCCCGCAGCUCAGCCACCAGCAGUGGCUCCACCAUCUGCUGUUGGCUCCCCUGCCGCUGCUCCCCGGCAGCCAGGUCUGAUGGCCCAGAUGGCAACCACUGCUGCUGGCGUGGCUGUGGGUUCUGCCGUCGGCCACACUCUGGGUCACGCCAUCACUGGGGGCUUCAGUGGAGGAAGCAGUGCUGAGCCCUCAAGACCUGAUAUCACUUACCAGGAACCUCAGGGAACCCAGCCAGCACAACUGCAACAGAAUGGCCCCUGCUUCUAUGAGGUGAAACAGUUUUUGGAAUGUGCCCAGAGCCAGGGUGACCUUAAACUUUGCGAGGGUUUCAGCGAGGUGCUGAAACAGUGCAGAUUGGCCAACGGAUUAGCUUAAUCAAGAAGUUCCAGUUGAAGACGUGAAAAAUCACCUCUCGUGACCAUGUUGAUUUAGCAUUUAAAAUAUAAUAGUGAAGAUGUGAACUGUGAGACCACCCAUUAAACCUCUCCUUAAUCAUUAAUAGCUUUUGUUCUUCACAAUUGCAGUGGAAGAGGGCGUUGUCACUGUAUAGAAGUUCAUUGAGAUGGUAUUGAGUUUGGGAUUGGGCAGAAGAGGUGGUUGUGGCCUCUUAAGCGUGCUUUUCUCAUGUUAUUGUUUGUGGUUUAAUUAGAAUAAAGUGAUUCUUUCUAGUCA